CCGCCCCUCUUCUAGACGACAUAUUUGCAUUUGACCCCCCGUCCUCUUCGAUCUCCAAGGGAGUAACCGAGGAAGGGAUCCCGCGAAGCAGUAGCAUAGCAGCGGAAGAACUCAAGCGGAGUGGGCGAAGAAGCAAAGCCCGAUGGAUCAACACCAGGUGGUCGGCGAGAAUUAUGCAAAUCCAAAGACAUGUUUCUUCCAUGUCCUCUUCAAGGCAGGGGCAUUGGCGUUCUACAUACUGUCUGCGCUGUUCGUGACCAACUUUGUUAUUAUCUUUGUCAUCACCGUGCUCCUGGCAGCACUUGACUUCUGGGUGGUCAAGAACGUCAGUGGGAGGAUAUUGGUUGGGCUGCGCUGGUGGAAUGAGAUCGAUGAUGAGGGCAAUAGCGUGUGGAAGUUUGAGUGCCUUGAUGGAGAGUCUCUUGCUAGGAUGAACAAGAAGGACUCAUGGCUGUUCUGGUGGACUCUGUACUUGACUGCUGCUGCAUGGAUUGUUCUUGGGAUAUUCUCACUCAUCAGACUUCAUGCUGAUUACCUUCUUGUUGUUGGAGUUUGCUUGAGUCUCAGCAUAGCAAACAUUGUUGGCUUCACCAAGUGCAACAAAGAUGCCAAGAAAAACGUUGCAGAUUGGACUAGAACUACGCUCCUAUCAUCUGGUGUCAGGUCAACAAUUCAGUCAGCAUUCGGUGUCUAAAUAGAGGCGCCCUAAUGUCACAUACAGUGGUGUGCAAUUUAUGAAUCAGAUGAUGCAUUCUGCUUUUGUUUACUUUGCCUAGUUGCUUAUUGACCCUAUACAUCUUUGUGUCCCCUGAUAUCCUUGGUAUUGUUUGAUUCACUGUGACAAAAGAUUGAGGGUCAAGAUAGGCACACUACUCAACCUACAAGUUCUUGAUGUUCUUUGUAUUUUUUAGCCUUGUCACUGGUGACACUGUAUAGCAGCUGAACUGGAAAACGUUCUACUUGGGAUAGAUUGUAGUGUACAGCUAACAUCUUGAAACAUUAUCAUAGUACUGCAUGGAGUUUGUCUUGUCGAACUUUUAACCAUGAGGCAAAAGCAAUGGAUGUUGAUGUUGUGAAGGAGCA